CCGCCCCUCCUGGCGGGAGGAGGGAGCGCGGCUGUAUCUCCCGCGGCGGCGGCUGCUGCUGCUGCUGCAGUCGGAGGUGGGCUGCGGGCCGCGCUGCAGUGCGGUGGGUAGUGAGGUGCCAGACCGCCGCGGCUGAGCGGGACCUCAGGUGGCUGGUAGUGCUCCGGUGACUGGAGGUGCAGACCCUCCCCUCGGCCCAAUUCGUCUAGCGGCAACAGGCGUCGCGUCGGUGAGAAAACAUGAGCCGAGAUUUCAAACCCGGAGACCUGAUCUUUGCCAAGAUGAAAGGUUAUCCCCAUUGGCCAGCCAGGGUGGAUGAAGUUCCUGAUGGAGCAGUAAAACCUCCUACAAAUAAAAUGCCCAUUUUCUUUUUUGGCACACACGAGACGGCAUUUUUGGGACCAAAGGACAUAUUUCCUUACUCUGAAAAUAAAGAUAAAUACGGCAAACCAAACAAAAGGAAGGGUUUUAAUGAAGGGUUGUGGGAAAUCGACAACAAUCCCAAAGUUAAGUUCUCUCAUCAUCAGACCCUUCCAGCUGUUAACACUCCUGUCAAAGAAACUGUUCAAGAAAGCAGCCAGGAGCCUGCUGAGGGGAGUGAAGAAAAAGCAGGAGCCAAAAGAAGAAAGUCUUCUGUCUCAAAAUUGUCCCCUAAAGGGGAUAACAUAGCUACAGAAGCUGAAGCAGAAGAGAAGGAGAUGGAUGCUACAAAGGAAGAUGAUCUACCUUCUGAAAAGAACAGUAAAGAAGAUGUGGUGAAAACAAAUGAUGCUUCUAUUCCUAAAGUUGCUAGAAGAGGAAGAAAAAGAAAGGCUGAAAAACAAGCUGAAGCUGAGGAAGCAGCAGCGGUGGCAGCAGCAGGUCCUGUGCCAGUGUCUCCAAAAGUAAGCCCCAAAAGAGGAAGACCAGCAGCUUCUGAAGUAAAGGUUCCAAAACCAAGAGGGAGACCGAAGUUGGUGAAACCACCUUGUCUUUCAGAGAGUGACUCUGUUAAUGAGGAGGAGAAGGCAAAGAAAAAAGGACCAGAAGAAAAGCCCAAAAAGCAAGGGAAAAAAGAUGAGGAAAGUCAGAAGGAAGAGGAGAAAUCAAAGAAGGAAUUUGACAAAAAAGAAGGAAAGAAAGAGGCUGAACCAAAAAAGAAAAGUACUGCAAAAGGGGGUUCUGUAUCAGCUUCUGAUUCUGAAGAUGAUGGAGAAGAACAAGAAGGUGACAAGAAGAAAAAAGGGGGAAGAAGCUUUCAGGCAGCUCAUAAAAGAAACAUUGUAAAAGGCCAAAAUGAGAGAGAAGCAACAGAAAGAAAGCGUAAGCAAGAGGAACAGACAGAAUCUGAAUCGCAGGGUAAAGAAGAAGGCAAGAAAGCAGAAGUUAAGAAGAUGGAGAAGAAAAGAGAAACAUCAAUGGAUUCUAGGCUUCAACGGAUACAUGCAGAAAUUAAGAACUCCCUGAAAAUUGAUAAUCUUGAUGUGAACAGGUGUAUUGAGGCUCUUGAUGAGCUUGCAUCCCUUCAAAUCACAAUGCAACAAGCUCAGAAACAUACAGAGAUGAUUCUGACCCUGAAGAAGAUACGGAAAUUCAAAGUUAGCCAAGUUAUCAUGGAGAAAUCUACAAUGCUAUAUAACAAGUUCAAGACCAUGUUUCUGGUUGGGGAAGGAGAUUCUGUUCUUUCCCAAGUACUGAAUAAAUCACUUGCUGAGCAGAAGCAGCAUGAGGAAGCCAACAAAACCAAAGAACAGUGGAAGAAAGGCGCGAACAAAAAAAUGGAAAAAGAAAAGGAGCAAACAGGUUCGAAGGUUCUGAAUGGAGGAUCUGAAGCUCAAGACACCAGCCAGUCACAAAACAACGGAGAGAACACGGAGGAGAAGAACGAUAAGGAUGAAGUUGGCAGUAAGAAGGCAUGUGAUGAAGAGAAAGAGCUUGAAAAGCCAGCAAACGAUCCUGCCUUUGAAAACAACUGAUGUGACUGGUGUCUUUU